AUGUUGGUAAGGAGUCAGAUUGACUGGGGUGUGAGUUACACUUCUACUGAGAUCUGUGCCUUCAGAGGAUCAACAGUGGACAUUAACUGUAUCUACACAUACCCAUCCAGGUUGAAUCAACUUGAUACGACAGUUCAGGAAAAGUUCUGGUUCAUUAAAGAGAGUAAUGGGAUUCACGUUGAUCUAAGGACUGAUCCGGAGUAUUCAGGUCGUGUGGAGAAUCUCUGUGGAAACAACAAGUGCACUCUGAGAAUCUCUAACCUGACAGAGAGCGACUCAGCUGUGUACAAGUUCAGGUUCACAACAAACCAACCGAAUGGGAGUUUAACUGGUUCAACCGGAGUCACUCUGAAUGUCACAGACCCUCAGCUCCAGGUACAUGUGAGGAGAUCAACAGCCAAUCCAUCUUCUACCUGGACAGAGCUGACCUGUCACAGCAGGUGUCAGCUCCCUGAUCAUCUUUCCUACGUUUGGUACAAUAACAAUAAACCUGUUGGACGAAAAAAAUACUUUCACCUCAAACACUUUAAUGCUGAAGACAGCUAUCACUGUGCUAUAGAAGGACAGGAGCGUUUCCCUUCUCCUACUUUGUACUAUCCUUCAGAUGCUCCAAAGCCUCCCUCUGUGUCAGUGAGUCCCUCUGGUGAGAUCAUGGAGGGCAGCUCAGUGACUCUGACCUGCAGCAGUGAUGCUAACCCAGCAGCUAACUACACCUGGUACAAGAGAAGAGGAGAUAAACAAGUUCAACAUCUAAGUGAAGAGACACAAUUUGUCUUCAGCUCCAUCAGGUCGUCAGAUUCUGGAGAGUAUUACUGCACAGCUGAGAAUGAGCUGGGAAGGAGUUCAGCAAACACUUCUAUUACUGUGACAUGUGAGUGAAACACAGGUUAUUAAGUGAAGAUAUAUUGAAUCUGUCCCAUUCUUUGGUCUUUACAUUUUAAAUGGGCAGAUAUGGGACGUCUGACUUCUGCCCCUUAAAUAUUCACAGUCAGACCAUCAGCAGCACAAAGAGGAAUCCACCCAGCGUCAGUAAAAACAUCCAUAAAGUUUUCACCAUCCUCAGUAAACUUGAAAGAUAUUUCCUUCACUGUGCACAUUCACAUGACGAGCAAACAGCUCUCAUCAGACAGACUGUGGUGAAAACAAAACUUUGCUCCUGUGCACACGUCACACAUACACCUCCCAGCAGGGGGAGCAGUGGAUCAUUAACAUUUUAAGAGACAGGCCCACAAACAGGCAACUCUGAGAGCUCAGAACUCUUCAAAAAGCUUUAUUAGAAAAGAAAAUGUCUUUAUAUUCAGUAAGAACAUCGAGACAGGUUUAGCAAAAAUUACAAAAGUUGUUUUUGUAAAUGUUUUGUCCUGCACCAUUAA